ACCCCGCCCCCGGGCAGUUCCCGUCCUUAUUGGUGGAACCCGCGAAGCGCUCUCUGCGCGGUGUUUCGCGCUAUCUCAAGGGAGGACGCUUGCAGGCUGACAGCGACGGAGAGCCUGGCCUGUUCCAGUUGCCCCUCCCGUAUUGUCCAGGCCCCACUGACGAUGGAUGAGAGGGAGGACGGGGAUGCCGAAGCUUGGCUGCGGUUGAAGCCUGUGGAACCCUUGCCCUCCCAGUGCUGCGGCAGUGGCUGCUCGCCCUGUGUGUUUGACAUCUAUUACCGAGACCUGGAGAGAUGGGAAGCAGCCCAAGCCAGAAACGACAAGAGCCUCCUGACUGGGACGCAGCCAGCUGAGACCCAGGGCUGUUCUACCGAGCUGAGUCCGGAGACCUUCCUGGCCUUCCACAUCAGCACCAUGGAGAAGCUCACCGCUGACACCUAUCUCAUCCGGUUUACACUGCCUGGGAGCCGUCAGCUGGGCCUGCAUCCCGGGCAGCACCUCAUCCUACGAGGUACAGUCGAUGGCUUAGAAAUUCAGAGGGCCUACACCCCCAUCAGCCCUGUCACUGCAGAAGGAUACUUUGACGUUUUAAUCAAGUGCUAUCGGGCUGGGCUGAUGUCCCGGUACGUGGAGUCCUGGAGACCGGGAGACACAGCUUUCUGGCGAGGGCCUUUCGGAAGCUUCUUAUAUGAACCAAACAAGUAUGGUGAACUCCUCAUGCUGGCUGCCGGCACGGGCCUGGCGCCUAUGGUGCCCAUUCUGCACAGCAUCACAGACAACGCAGACGAUGAGACCUUUGUCACCUUGGUCGGCUGCUUCAAGACCUUCGAGGGCAUCUACCUGAAGAGCUUCCUCCAGGAACAAGCCAGGUUCUGGAAUGUGCGAACCUUCUUCGUCCUCAGUCAGGAGGACUCCCCAGAGCAACUUCCCUGGAGCUACCGUGACAAGACACGCUUUGGCCGCCUGGGCCAGGGGCUGGUUGAUGAGCUGGUGGCCUGCUGCCGGAGGAAGCCAUUUACGUUAGUCUGUGGCUCACCCACGUUCACUGAGGACAUGGCGAGGUGUUUGGUGUCUGCUGGCCUGACUGAGGACUCCUACUUCCUCUUCUAGCCCUCGAUGUGGACCUUAUUCAGGGGCAUAGGAGGGAGCCCAGCCCAGAGUCGGGAGACAUGGAGUCCAGGCCUGACCCCCACUGCUGACUUGCCCAGAGACCUUGGACAAACAUCAGCACCCCCGGGGAACUUCCUUUCCUGUCUGCCGCAUCCUGCUGUGUGGAGGGAGGCCAGCAGCUGGCCUGGGAGCCAGGGGAACCAAGCGAAUGGAGUCCUGCUGAGCUCAGGCCUGGUGGGAGUUGGAUGGGACAAGGGGUGAGACAGCCCAUCAGUGCUAAGAGAAUGUCCUCCGGAAAAGCUCAGAGCUCUUCAGAGGUCCUUCUGUACCUCCCGUAGGUUGAGCCUGACUCGCUUAAGGCUUUGGGUCUAUGACCUGGCCAUGUUCUCAGAACAAAGCACUGCCCUGGACCA